AAGAAACAAUAAGUUCCAUUCGUUCCACAAAAUUUAAAAUGCAAUCAAUCCAAUCUGUCAAAUUGUCUGUGGUGGAACAUAACCUCAAAUUAGAUCUAAAAACAUUGUGCAUUUAAUUGUGUGAUUAAUUGUGUUGAAUUACGAAAGCCACUAAUUUAUUAUUAAGUGUAAGGAAUUUUGUGUUGCCAAUCAAAAAUGCUGAUCAAUUUAAAAUUCGCCAAUCAUGUUAUCCGGUGCGGAAGUCAUCAUUGGAAGUCGGGUCUACAUUCGAUAAGAAAUCAGAUGACUCAAAGUUCUGAUGUAUUUUCGAAGAAUACCAUUCAUCAACAUACAAAAAAUAUUGAUUUCGUUUGCCUUCGGGGACCAUACAAUAUGAGUUUGCGUCGUUUUGCUGAUACAGUUAAACAAAAUGAAUCUCGAAAAGAAAAAUUGGUGGGCUCUUGGCUUUUGGGUUGCGCUGGAAUGGUCUUUGGUGCAGUUAUAUUAGGUGGAGUGACAAGGCUCACAGAAUCAGGUUUAUCGAUGGUUACGUGGAAACUUCUGGGUGAACAACUGCCGUGUACCGAAGAAGAGUGGACGACUGAGUUUGAAAAAUAUAAAAAAUUUCCAGAGUUCAAAAUCACAAAUAAGGAGAUAACGUUGAAUGAAUUUAAAUGGAUUUGGUUCAUGGAAUAUGCUCAUCGCAGUUGGGGGCGUUUAAUUGGUGCAGUUUUUGCUUUCCCCGCUGGAUAUUUUUGGUAUAAGGGCCACUUGAAGGCGGGAAUGAAAUUACGAGUAUUACUUUUGGGUGCAUUGAUUGGCGCACAAGGAUUAAUGGGAUGGUAUAUGGUUAAGUCCGGGUUAGAAGAUCGGUUCCAUAAGCCAGAAGAUGUUCCACGAGUCUCACAAUAUCGUCUUGCAUCGCAUUUGGCAUUAGCAUUUUUGCUUUACACGGGCUUUCUAUGGUCAGCACUUGAUCAUUUGUGCCCAGCACAAGCAUUGCCAUCACAUGGACAGUUUCGGGCGAUCGCUUCCAAAGCAGCACUUCGAUUCCGUGCACUGGCACAUUCAACAAAAGGACUUAUUUUCUUAACGGCCGUAUCAGGUGCAUUUGUGGCGGGACUCGAUGCGGGUUUGGUAUAUAAUUCAUUUCCAAAAAUGGCUGACAAAUGGAUUCCAUCGGAUAUAUUAGCGUUUUCACCAACUAUUCGAAAUUUCACUGAAAAUCCAACAACAGUGCAAUUUGAUCAUCGAAUUCUCGGAAUCUCGACACUUGGUCUGAUUACAGGACUAUAUAUUUUGUCAAAACGAGUGAAUUUACCAAAACGGGCUUAUACGGCUGCUACAGCACUGGCCGUUAUGGGGUGGAUUCAGGUUGGAUUAGGCAUCACCACAUUACUUACCUAUGUACCUGUUCCAUUAGCUGCUGCACAUCAAUCAGGAUCUUUAAUACUUUUGUCCAUAGCAAUAUGGUUGACGCAUGAAUUAAAACUUUUAAAAUAUGUACCAAAAUAAAGUCGUAGACUUGUCAA